CGGGAGGUCAGAGGUCAGUGGGUGGAGACAAACCGGCAGGCGGUGGAGGUGAUCACGGGUCCUGGGUCUAUGGCGCCACCCCAGCGAUGUCCUCUGUGUCGCCAAACUUUCUUCUGUGGUCGCGGACACGUCUACAGCCGCAAGCACCAGCGGCAGUUAAAGGAGGCUCUGGAGCGGCUUUUACCGCAGGUAGAAGCCGCUCGCAAGGCCGUUCGUGCCGCCCAGGUAGAGCGCUAUGUCCCCGAGCACGAUCGGUGCUGCUGGUGUCCGUGCUGUGGCUGCGAAGUACGAAAACACCUGAGCCACGGAAACCUGACUGUGCUGCACGGAGGUCUGCUGGAACAUCUGGCCAGCCCAGAGCAUAAGAAAGCCACCAAUAAAUUCUGGUGGGAGAACAAGGCCAGUGCCCAAAUGAAAGAGAAGUUUCUGAUCUCCCCCCAGGAUUAUGCACGGUUUAAGAAAUCCAUGGUGAAGAGCCUGGAUUCCUAUGAGGAAAAAGAGGAUGAGGUGAUUAAAGAGAUGGCAGCUCAGAUCCGUGAGAUAGAACAGAGCCGGCAGGAAGUGGUCCGAUCUGUCUUAGAGCCUCAGGCAGAGCCAGAUCCAGAAGAGGGCUCUUCGGCACUGGGAAGCUGGGAAGCAGCCAAUGGCCAUGUAGCUUCCAGCUCACAGCAGGUAUCACACUUGGACCUGCAGCGUGUUCCAGAGCUUGACUGGAUGGAGACAGGACAGCAUUUAACAUUCAUUGGCCAUCAGGAUACACCUGGAGUUGGUAAUAUACAUUCAGGUGCUACACCUCCAUGGAUGAUCCAAGAGGAAGAACACAGCUCUGGAAACCUACCAAUAGGACCUUCCUAUGAAGAAUUUCUUAGAGAAAAAGAAAAACAAAAACUGAAGAAACUGCCCCCAGAAAGAGUUGGGGCCAACUUUGACCACAGUUCUAACACUAGUGCAGGCUGGCUGCCUUCUUUUGGUAGAGUGUGGAAUAACGGUCGCCGCUGGCAAUCCAGGUAUGUGUCUAGACUCUUAGUCACCCCUUAUAUAUUUUCUAUUCAUCUUGCUAAUUCUUCAUUUCCUUCCAGGCACCAAUUCAAAACUGAAGCUGCAACAAGAAGCAAGCAGCCACAUAAAGGAAAAAGCUGAAAGUCCCCAGCCUGCUACUCCAUGGCCAACAACCCAAUUUCAAGUCUCCAGUUGCAUUUAUUAGGAAAGACAAGAACCCAUUCAUUUGAUUUAAUAAAGUUUUAUUUUUCCAAA